UACGUCACACCAACGGAAACUACCAGAUUAAGUUGCGGAUGUGAUGCAAUCAGCUGUAAGAACAUUUUUUCCUACUUCUUUCAACAAGUUAUGAUUUACAAUUAUUACUUAGUAUUUUAUGAAUACCGCAGCUGAAUGGGUAUUAGCUGGGUUAGUGUUUAUAUCUUUACUUCCGCCCUGUCCUCUGGUCCGUAAAGCUCUCCUCCUCGCUUGGUAACAUUAGCGUAGCUUCCGCUUCCAGAUGGACGCCAGCUGAGCUGAGUUAGCAGUCGGGGUGAAUUUUGGUUCUAUAUCCUUUAUCAUCUUCUCGUUUCUGCUGCUUGUCAGCGACCAGACUAUCAGCCGGACGCCCCAUGUGUCUACUUCGGGGGCUAGCAGAGUGAUUUCAGUCGUAAAAAACAAAUGGCCGCCGCUGCCCCCUCUGCUCCUCCUCCAGCUUCUGGCUCUGCUGCGUCCGCUGCUGAAACCUCCAGUCCCGGAGGAUCCAGCAGCUCGACCGCGGCUGACGGCGGCAACCAGGACAGCACUUUCGAAUGUAACAUUUGUCUGGACACCGCCAAGGAUGCCGUGAUCAGUUUGUGUGGACACCUUUUCUGUUGGCCGUGUUUGCAUCAGUGGUUGGAAACUCGACCCAACAGACAAGUGUGUCCAGUAUGUAAAGCUGGCAUCAGCCGAGACAAAGUGAUCCCCUUAUAUGGAAGGGGAAGCACGGGUCAACAGGAUCCCAGGGAAAGAACACCCCCUCGACCACAGGGACAAAGGCCUGAGCCUGAAAACCGUGGUGGUUUCCAGGGCUUUGGCUUUGGAGAUGGUGGUUUCCAGAUGUCAUUUGGAAUCGGUGCCUUUCCAUUUGGUAUUUUUGCCACAGCUUUUAACAUCAACGAUGGAAGGCCUCCUCCAGCGGCUCCUGGAACACCACAGCACAUGGACGAGCAGUUUCUCUCUCGACUCUUCCUAUUUGUUGCCUUGGUGAUGAUGUUUUGGCUGCUGAUUGCAUAAAAGCAUUGGAAACAGUACAGACUGUUCUUACUUCAAUUUUGACAGAGGUUUGGUUUAAUGUCUUAAGAUGCUCAUUUUAAAUACAGUUAAAACCAGAUGUUUACAUUAUACCGCUGUAUAAACACUCAUUCCUCCUGCGUAACUGAGUCAGGUUUAUGGGCUGCAUCGCUCACUCACCUUUUCAUGUCUGCCCACACAUUUUCUGAUAUUCAGAUGAGGAAGUUGUGGAAGUUUUUCCCGAAACGUCAAAUUUGUUGACCUUAAGCCACUUUGCAAUUAGGUUUUAACUUCCUGACUGAUAUUUUACAUGUCUUUUUCUCAGGAUGCCAUAUGUUCUGUGAAAUGCACGAGUCCCCCCUGUGACAAAACAAUCCUAUGAUGCUGCCACCCUUGUAUUUGAGACUUACAAGCUUCCCUGUUUUCUGUUAUGACCAAAAACCCUAGUGUUCGUUUCAUCAGACCACAGGACUGUCAACUCACGGUUUUUGUACCUUUGUGAAUUUGACACCUGUAAUGUGGCUUCUGAGUAGUCUUUCAGCCCAGGUAAAGGACAUGUUUCACAGCUUACUUCCUGAAACCGUACCUGAUUUCUUUGGAUUUCUCUGAUCUACACAAGGAAGCAUAGUGUUUGUGGCAUAGCCUUAAAAACAAUUCACAGAUAUGCCUCAAUUUAAGCCAAACCUUGUGAAUCAGACAUUUACAAAGACAUGACCUCAUCUUUUGGCGAUACCAAAUUGUUUAAAGGAAUAGUCAUUCUUAAUGUUGUGGUGUAAUUCAAACCUAAAAAAGGAAAAGUUAAGUCUGGUUCAAUGUCAUACUGAAAGGAAAAAAAGUUAUUUUUGUUUAUACAGUAUAAAUAUCUGGUUUUAACUAUAUUGGUUCCAAUUACUUCCUAUGGCAUCCAAACAAAUUGAUCUGAAUUUCUGAGCUAAUCUCUCUUUAAAUGGGGACUGUGUAAAGUUGCAGCUUCAUAUUGCACAUGCAUGUUUAGAUCAGAUUAUUCUGUAAUUCAGACCUGCUAAUGUAACAUGUUACAUGUCACUAAUACAGUAGAACCAACCGGGUUCCAGUCCAGUGUGAAUGUGUGCAAUAACUUUGAUAUUACGGUCAUUCAGAAAUCUGUACAGUGAAACACAAAUGUUGAGUUUUUAAGGUCAUAAUUAGAAGACUGGAAGUCUAAAGCUCUGUAUUGUUCAGCAGGAAGAUUUUGAACAAAUAUAAGAUAUUGAUGAAUAUUUACCUUCUUUUUUCCUUGUUUCUGAAACGAGUAAUUUAGUGACCCAAAUCAGACUUAUUUUGAGCAGUCGUCACAUUUUUAGUUUUAUUCAAGGUUUAAAAAGUGAUUUGAAUGCAUCCCUGUGAUUCAUCGGAAUAACCUAACUACAAAAACUGCUAUCCAGUGGUUGACAUUGGUCACAAAAUGGAUUUAGGUUGAGAUGAAAAGGGAGUUUGUGGGUACAGAAAGGAAGUACGAAUUCACCCUGAGCCUGAAUUUGUUAUUCUUAUAAAGCAGAUAAAAUCCUUCUUUUCAAACAGUGCAUCCUUCUUCUUUCACUGCUGUAAUUACAUGUAAAGUAUUGUGGGUUAGAGAUAAAAUGAAAACUUGUUGAAGAUGGAAUAACUUUUCUAAUUGUGAAUUUCCUCUACUGACAGUAAAGCUUUCUAAAUAA